CAUCGCGGUGCCGAAUCAUUCUCAAAUUAUUGGCAAAGUGUCUGGCAACCGUAUACAACAUUGUCUUGGUUGGACAAAAAUCCGAUAGAUUUUGCGGGAAAGAAGAUGCUGGUGCCUAUUUUCACCUUACAGAUCAAUCAUCAUGUGAACCCUCACAUGGUAACCGUAGGAAGGUAUGAUGGAAAACAUACAGCUUUAACAUGUGCAACAACUGCAGGAAAGGUGUUGAUCCAUAACCCACAUGUGAAAUCUCGUGAAGGUGGAAGGCUGGAUUUUUCGUCAGACAGUGAUGUCAAUCUUUUAAGUAUAAACCAACAUGUUUCAUCAGUAUGUGCUGGAAGACUGUAUCCAGAUGUUACGAAUGACAUUUUGGCUGUUGGAACACAAACCAAUCUUUUGGCCUAUGAUAUUGAUAACAACAGUGAUUUAUUUUACAAAGAUACUCCAGAUGGAGCAAAUUCCUUAACCAUUGGAGAGCUUGGUGAGAUACAAGGGCCUAUGGUAAUAAUAGGGGGAAACUGUUCACUGCAAGGAUAUGAUAUAGAAGGAAAUGAAAACUUCUGGACGGUGACUGGCGAUAACGUCUGUUCGUUGACAUUGCUGGACUUUACUGGAAAUGGACAAAAUGAGCUGAUUGUUGGUUCUGAGGAUUUUGACAUCAGAGUCUUCAGAGAGGAUGAAAUUCUUGCUGAGAUGACAGAAACUGAGGCAAUUACUUGUCUCUGUCCAAUGAAUAACACCCGCUUUGGUUAUGCAUUGGCGAAUGGAACAGUUGGUGUAUAUGAUCGUACAUCAAGAUACUGGAGAAUAAAGUCCAAAAAUCAAGCAUACACAAUACACAGCUUUGACCUUGAUUCAGAUGGGGUGCCAGAAUUAAUCACUGGUUGGAGCAAUGGGAAGAUUGAUGCCAGAAGUGAUAGGACAGGAGAAGUUAUUUUUAAGGACAAUUUUACCAGUGCAGUCGCAGGGAUUGUUCAGGCAGAUUAUAGACUUGAUGGAUCUCAACAGCUGUUAUGUGUAUCAACUGAUGGAGAAGUGAAAGGUUACAAUCCUGCACCUAGAGAAAUGAGGGGUAAUCUGAUGGACUCGAAUCUAGAACAGGACACAAUACGAGAGUUGGGAAUGAGGAAACAGAAUUUAAUGAUGGAGUUAAAAAAUUAUGACCAGAAUGAAAAGGCAGGGGUAGUUGCAGCAGCAGCCAUGCAGGAAGCUCGGCAAUCAGGGGCCAAGUUCUCUGCAGAACGCCCAUUUCCUGUCGGGGAGGAAUAUGACAAGGAAAAGAUGGGAGUUAUUCCGGCAGCAACCCAGUUACAAACAACAUUAACAGUGAAUCCAGGAGAUGAUACCAAGGCACCACAUGUAGAGCUGUUUAUUGGAACAACAAAUGACACAUUGGUCCGAGCUGCUUUGAUCUUUGCAGAAGGAAUUUUUGAAGGAGAGAGCCAUGUCAUACACCCUAAUUCAAAUGCACUGUCCAAUUGUGUCCACGUGCCAAUCAUACCACCAAAAGACGUUCCAGUGGAUUUACACAUUAAAGCUUUCAUAGGAUAUAAGUCAAGCAUGCAAUACCAUGUAUUUGAAUUGACAAGACAACUACCAAGAUUCUCUAUGUAUGCACCAUGUCGAAAGGACUGUCCAGAACCCAAAAGUAGCUGCACGUUUCAAGUCAAUGAAAGAAUGCAAAGGGUACUGUUGUGGAUCAACCAAAGCUUUCUCCUGCAAGAUGACAUUGAUGCUGAUGGCAGUCUAAAUGUGGCUUUUAUGUCUCUGAGAGGAUCUGGACCAUUGUUUCUAAAAAUGGAAGCUCAGGGAUUGAUGACAAUAAAGACAGAUGAUAUGGAUUUGGCAGGUGACAUCAUUCAAGCACUUUGUCAGUUUUUGAAUUUUGAUGACUUACAAGUUGCAGCUGAUUUCCCAGAGGAAAUGGAGAAACUACGACAAAUCCUGGUCAAAGUUGACGAGUAUCAUGCAGUAAGGCAGAAACUAACAGCUGAAAUGGCAGACCACUCCAAUUUGAUAAGAAGCAUGGUUGUGAGGGCAGAAGAUGCUAGACUUAUGGGUGACAUGAAAAAUAUGAGGAAAGGUUACAUGGAGCUGUAUAACAUGAACAGGGAUCUAAUUAAUGGCUACAAAAUCCGCUGUGGAAAUCAUCAGGAGUUAUUAGCAUGUCUUAAACAGCUUAAUCAAGUGAUCCAGAGGGCAGGCAGACUAAGAGUUGGGAAAUUCAAAACGCAAGUUGUGUCAGCAUGCAGAGCUGCAAUCAAGACCAAUAAUGUCAGUGCUUUGUUUAAAAUCAUCAAGACAGGGGCAUCAUAGAGGUCAUCAUAGAGGUCAUAGAGGUCAGUCAAAGCUGAAAGCCAAAUCAUCAAGACAGGGGCAUCAUAGAGGCCAAUCACAUUGGAUAAUGGACAAGGAAUCAAAGCUGAAAGCCAAAUGCAAAAUUGUCAAACACUAUCUGAACUACUUGCGCACAAUUUUGAUUACCGGGUAGAUUAGAUUUUAGUGAUUGGUCCCUCUGUCAUAUUUUGUGUCCACUUAAGGAAAAUACCCCAAGUAAGCCCCUCCAUAUAUUGUAAGCAACAGAUGUAUAGCCUGUUCCUGAAAAUAUAAGGAAGCCAUCUCUCUAUGCUUAUAUUAGGAUGGGACAUAUUUUGAUUAAGUGAUGUUUGAACUCUUAUAUGCUUUCUUACAUGUACAUGAAUUGUAACUUGCUUUUACUUUUUUCAUAGAAGACUACAGAUCAUAACAGGAACGUAGCAUUGUUUUUUGAGGGUUUUUUUGGGGGGUGGGUGGGGGGGAUCUAUCAUAACAGGAAUGUAGCAUCAUUUUUCGAAGAAGUUUUCUUUUGGGGGGGGGGUGGGGGGCAGAUGAAUAAGAAGUUGUCUUCAUAUUCUCUGAAGAUUCUUCACAAGGAAAAAUUAAAAGGAAAGGAUACAAAAAUACCGAAAUUGGAUACUUCUGCCCAAACAUCAAAAUCCUAAAAUGGGGAGCAGGUGUCCUUCCGUACACCGGUACAUAGGUUCAAUUGACUUCAUUUCAUUUGCUAGAGUUGUGUAUUUUAUGUGAGCAUCUUUUUUAUUUAUAAAUCUGCCAGUUAUGGUACUGACUUUAAAACACUGUGUGCGAUAUAAUCAACAAUUUUAAUGUACAUAUACAUUCAUUGUGUUAGUUAUUGGUUCUUGUGUACAAUAGGUAUAGAACAGAUAUAUGUUGCGUUACUGCUGCUGUUCAAAGUUAUGAAGUGUUGGCAAGAAGAGGAAAUAUUUUAAAACAGCACAGUGAAGAUAGGUGUUAUAAACUCUGGUAUGUUUCUCCUUUGAUAUGAUAAACAUUAUUAUCUUGCACCGAAUCAUGAACCGGAAGUGGUCAUUUGACCAGUGACCGUCGUACAAUGACUUGAACGGUUUCAUUCCAUUUGAUCAAUGAAUGGUUGAAUUUAAGGUCUCCAGAAAUGGUUUCCAGUAUUUUGCGCUGUUUAUUACUUUUAUUCUCAACGUUCUCUUGUCUGAAUUUCGGUAACGCGAGUGUGUCCUUUGACCAAAAUGAAUUGAUAUACAUCAAUGAAAUUGUCACCAUAUCAAUAAGAAAUGAUUGAAGUAAAGGCUUCAUGAAAUA